GGGGUCUGUAGGACAACAGCGGAGGAUUCAAACUGAACAUGGCUGCGGGGAAAGAUGUUAAUGAAAAUACGAGAAAUAAAAGAGGAACAGUGUGCAGCAUGGUGAUCGAUCAUGACAAAUCUCCGAGAGGCUCUCACACGGGUCGACCACCAGUCAUCUUCAAUCCAGACUUUUUUGUGGAGAAACUCCGCCAUGAGUGCCCAGACAUUUUUUUGGAGCUGGUGCUGAGUAACAUUACUCGCCUUAUUGAUCUUCCUGGGACUGAGUUUGCUCAGCUCCUUGGCGAGGAGAGCCCCAAGACCCCCACUAGUGGAAAUGGAGGCUUCUUUCGUUCUUUUAACUUCCUUAAACGCAAAGAUAAAGGUGUCAUGUUUGGAACCUCACUGACAGAAAGCUGCCUUGCUCAGAUCUACCAGCUCAUUGAGUACCUCAGCAAAAAUCUACAUGUGGAAGGUCUGUUUCGGGUGCCGGGGAACAGCGUGCGGCUGCAGGCCCUGAGGGAGCUGCUCAACAGUGGGGUUGAUGUCGACCUGGAGUCGGGAGACUUUCACCCUAAUGACGUUGCCACGCUCCUCAAGACCUUCCUGGGAGAACUGCCCGAACCUCUGCUCACACACAGACACCUCAAUGCACACCUGAAGAUAUCUGAUUUGACUCUGUUUGACGAGCAAGGCAACAAGACCGCCAUUCCCAACAAGGAGCGUCAAAUUGAGGCCCUGCAGCUUCUUCUCCUGCUGUUACCCCAGGCCAAUCGCUCACUGCUCAAGCUGCUGCUGGACCUGCUCUACCACACCGCCAAGCAGCAGGACAAGAACAAGAUGUCCGCCUUCAACCUGGCCCUCAUGUUUGCACCGCAUGUCCUGUGGCCCAGACACAUGACAGCUGGUGACUUAAAAGACAAUCUGAAGAAACUAAAUAACAGCAUGGCAUUCCUCAUCAAACACUCACAGAAACUCUUCAGGGCUCCAGUCUACCUGCGGGAAUAUGCUAGAAUGCACUUCAGUGGGACUAAGGCUCUUCAGACCAAGGAUGAUCUGGACUUGUUGGCGUUGAGCAGCUCGCCUGUUCAGCGGACCAUGUUGUCCCUGAAGAGGACGGCUGCGCUGGGCCCCAGCUCUCAGGAGUCAUGCCAGUCACCAGCUCAGCAGUACACAGAGGAGGCCCUGAAAGAGCUCUUCAGACAUGUCAACCACAACAUGCCUGACUCUGCCAAGAAAAAGAAACUUGUCCGACAGCUUGUUAAACACACAGCCUCAGGAACACCAAACAGUGAGCACCACCAGGGACCACCAGCUCCCAGCAAGAAACGUCCUCGUUCACGCUCCUUUGGUGGCCUCAUCAAGCGCAAAGCUCGCGGCGAUCAGCUGACGGCAGAUCGGCGGGUCAGACACAUUUCUCCCGAUGUUGUGAGCAGGGCAGGAAGAAAAGCUGGCAAAGAGAAUGUCGUCCUCCAAGGGGUGAACAGCCCAUUAAGUGGUCCUGUGUUGGGGAAGAUGGGACUCGUGGUGAAAAACCCAGACUUCACUUUCUCUGAGAAAAAAACUCUAAAGGUGUCCAAGCAGGCGUCUCCUUCUGUCCCCAGGAUGUGUUUCUCUCCCGUCCAGGGAAUCUCUGUGUGAAAACAUGAUACCACUUCCUCAUCUUUCUCCGGGUUUGGGCAGUAUUAAUAUGAUUAACUCUCAUCUUCUGUCCGUGUGCUUCUUUAAUUUUAGUACGUCAAUUAUAACUGUGAAUAAUAAUGAUACAGCUAUUUUAUUCUUAGCCAGAGGAGACAAACCAAAGUCAGGAACUCUGAAUGUGUUCACACACUGGUCUCAACAGUAAUCAGUGUGGAUGACUUUCAUUAACAAAGCAAUGUGUUAAGAUUUCGUGUUUUUUCAUGACUGAUUUUAAGGAAGGUAUCAGUGUUUUAUCAGCUCCUCUUUAAAUUGACACAGGGUUCAGUUGCCAUUGAGUAUAUUUUGUACUGUUUUUUGAAUCAGAGAAGAGGUUACAGUACUUUUGGAGUACUGAGAGAUUCUAAGGCUAAAAAGACAUAUCCUAUUCAUUUGCUUUUAAUCUGAUGACCUAGAUGAUCGGGUUUUAAAACGUACACAUACCUGGUCACCAUAUCAUCAUUCAUCAUUCAGUCUACUGCUUUGGUUUGGCUUCACUGGCUCAGAGUCUGUGACCACUCGUCAGCUGACAUACAGUCUGCUCUGUUGGUAGAAUAUGUAAAUAUGUACUGUGUUUGUUUGCAUGUUUUUUUAAGGGUUUAUUCUUAUUGGGAUAUAUCUUUAGUAACUGGUACACACUUUUCUUAAUCAGGUUUACUUUUAAAUUGUUCCUUUUUUUAUUAUUAUAAUUUUUUUUUAAAGAAACUCUUUAAUGCCUAUUGAGGCGCUGUACAUGAUGAAACCACUUACUCGGAAUUGUGUCUGUGAAUCUGUUCAAUAUGAAUUGUUACGUUAAGUUCCCAGAACAUCUCAAACAAUAUUUACUUUUUUCUUAACUGCACCUGGUGGUGGAGGGGUAAUGAGUCUUCAUUUUAGCAAAAGGGGGUUGAGAGGUUUGUUAUGCUGAAGGUUUAAAUGAAAGUCGAAAGAGGAAGGAAGAAAAAUAGCAGUUCUCUCUUCUUAACAUCGGUGUGUGUGUGUGUGUGUGUGUGUGUGUGUGUGUGUGUGUGUGUGUGUGUGUGUGUGUGUGUGACUUCCUAAGGUUUUGAGUACACAUUUUGGUUCAAAGGUGUGUUUUGACCGACCAUGUGUGGACUUUCUACAGAUUAAGUGCUUUAACCUUUAUGAUUUUGUAACCUGGGCUUUAUAUAGCAAUUUCUCAAUUUACAAUGAGUUUCUUCUUUAUUAAUCAUUUACACACAAAAAACAUGGAAAAGUUAAGGCCCAGGUACUCUUUUGGGGUUAACUGUAGAUGGUGGUGUUUUUAUUUUAUUUUAUUUAAAGCCCCUUUUAAAUAUGUUGGACUGUAUAUUUUUUUAAUUCCCUCAGCUUCACUGUUCAUGACUCAACUUCAGUGAUUGUUGUUUCCUUGUUUACAGAUAUUUUUUUACACUUUGUUUUAUUUUCUUCCCUGAACAGAUCAAUGUUUAUGAUGAUGGUGAUUUGUUUUAAACUUUUCUUUGGUUUGGUUGUGAUGUUGGAGAAACUGUUACUGGUGCUUCCUGGUUUUGAGCGUGUUGUGGACGAUGUAUUGAUGGUUUGAUGUGUUGAUGUAUUGAUGGUUUGAUGAAAGUGAUGAAGGUGUUGACUGUGGCUCAGGUGCAGUCGUACAAAAGCUUUUUGUUCAUUUCUAUGUUUUCUAGAGCUUUUAUUUUGACUGAAUUAAUUUAGCAGAGGGUUAGGGUUAUUUCUCCUCAUCCUUUUUGCUUCUCUGCUUUUUUACAAACAAGUUUUAAGGAACGAUUAAAGGGAUAGUUCUUUUUUUUGAGGGUUAUAUGAGUUACUUACACAUAUAUGUUGUGUGAGCAGUUCAGUGUUUGGAGAAUGAGGCAGGAGAUCCAGAGCUUUACUUGUAUGUUGUCUUGCUUUGAAUGAGGACAGUAGAGAACGCGUGUCAUAGCCUCCUAAUUACAUUCUAAGUGUAUGUUUUGAAUAUUACCAUUUCUUGUUACCAUGACGUCAGACUGUGUUCUGCUUCUGUUUUCCUCCAGUGCAGAUGCUGUUGUGUGUUCUGACUCCUACAUUCUCUGACUUCAUGUCUAAAAAUGGCUAUUACAUAGUGCCAAUAUAGUACAUUAGGUACAUACAUUAUUACAUAGUGUUACACAGAGCCAAAGGAAGGAUCUGCCUGAAGGCACAGAAAGAAAUCUGAAUACAGUUUACUGUUAAAAUGUCAUUAAUCAUAUUUUACUGGGCUGCUGUUUAUACUCAAUCAUCUUCAAGUUCUUCUGUCUGUAAAAAUGUUCUGAGCUCUUCAUGUUCUCCUGUUUAAGUUACACACUUUAAUGUUAUCUGUGUUUACUUUUUCUUACUCGUACCGAAACACUCAAACACCAACAGUUACAUUCUUAAUAAUGUGAAAUACUGCUUAACAGCUAAAUCAUAUAAUUCCUCAUGGUACCUUUUCAUAUGCUCAGUGUUGCACAUAGUUUUAUCCCAUUGACAUAAAUGUGAAACCUUCAGUGACUGAUCCUCUGCUUCCUCUGUGUCUUUUAUCUGUUCACUGUCUAAAUGAAUACAAACACUGUUGAAGUUGAAUUUGAAAGACUCAACAUUUUUGUUGACUGAUGUUUUUUUUGGGCUCUUAUCUGUAUGUCAACACUGUGGAUCAACUAAAAUGUCCAUUAUUUCCAAAUAUCGUGAACUAAUCGCAGCAGCUGUUGACUUGUUUGUUUUUAACUGUAAAAUAAUUAACCCCUGUACUUUCGUCUUUUGUUUAUAUUUCAAUGUCGUCACCUCUGUCUCAGGUCAUGUUUUCUUUUUCAUAUCCUGUUUGUUUUAUUUUGAAAUCCUCACCAUUCUCUCUCAUUAGUGUCAUCAUUCACUUCCGGCUCGUGCCGUCACCUCGCCCCUGUGACUGAUACACGACCCACACCUGUUUGUUGUAAAGUCAGUUGUAUAUAAGCUUAUUUUCCAGGUUACUGUGGGUGUUUCAGUGGUUUCCUCGUGUUAGUUGUCAUGUGUAUGACCAUCACUUUGUCAUUUUGACUCUGCCCUCUAGCCCAGUGGUUUUUCUAAACAGACACUACAUUUUUUUUGUCUGAUAAACAGUGAUUUUUGCCUGAA